CUGCGAGAUAAGGGGACUCCAAUUGGUGUUUCCGCUGUUGUUGUUCGCGCUACCUAGGCGACGCGUAAUAAACGCUUGUUAUAUAGCCAAGAUUGUAUUCAUUGUUGAUAGCAGGCAUCACACGAGUUUUCAAAGACAAAUAUGAAACUGACAUAUCUCGUCCUGUUUGCGGUAUUUGGAACGUUCGUCAGUGGUGUGGAUUACUGCAAUACAACUCAAAACGAAGGUGAUACAUGUGGCAAUGGUGGAAAGUGUUGUAAAUUGACAGGUCUACCUAAAACGUCAACUUCAGGUAGUCCUAUGUUUUCAACUGCGGAGUCUACUUUACCAGAUACAGAGGCUGUAACAUCAGAUAUCCCUUCAACAUCAGCAGCUGUAUCUACAGUUUCACAUAUACCUACCUCAUCUAAGAAUGUAACUACAACUCCUGUACCGUCGACGUCAACAGUGGUUCAAAGCACAUCAGCAGCAGCAGCAGCAGUUUCAUCAUCACCCACUACGAGAACAUCACCAACAACAACCUUAUCAACAACAGCAACACCAUCAUCAACAACAAAUGCAACAACAACGAAAUCAACAACAAAUGCAACAAAACCGUCUAUAAAUUCAACUGCGGCUAGACGGAAACGCGGAGCAGCGUCCAUUACAGAUUUCCCCAAUAGCACAUCCACUAGUGAUCCUACACUCGAAUGCCGAGACAGCUGCGAUCACAAUGGAUCCAUUAUACACGGAUUGUCCUGGUUCAUCGGCCUGCUUGUGAUAUUAGCCAAUGCUUUCCUACUUCCGUGAGUCUUCACCAAGCGUAUGGCUAUCAUCCUGAUAGAGAGGAAUUUCCCUCGGCACCGAUAUGACGGAUGAUAAUCACCCUGAACAAAUAUGCUUUCAAAUGCAAUGAAUUAUGUGACAAUCAAAUAUUAUCAAUUAAAAUGCUGAAUUACAUAUACAUAUAUUUUGAAAUCGAUAUAAAUGUUUAAAUUCAA